CGCUCGGCGAUACGCGAGUGACGUGUGUUUCGAAACACAAUCCCCCGUGGUUGCGUCGGAGGAGCGCCCGAGUAAACGGAAUCGGACGGACUGACGGGAUCAGCAGUACUUUACGCGCGCGGAUCACGACUUGGCGAGGGCCAUCGUCGUCGAGAUAAGAUAGAGCGGAGCCUCGUCAGAUCUUGAAACAAAGGGGAAAGAAGACUUCAUCCCCGUCGACGUCUCAGGGAGCCGCGGCCGUCGCGUAAAAUUGCCGCGAAUCGUCGCGAGAUCACCCGCCGACGACGUGACACCGACCGCGAAUGUCUCGCGCUCUGGACUCGCGGGAUACGAUAACGGCCGUGCGGAAUUGUCUCUGAUGCGUCAUCUCGCGCGAGAGCCGAUGCCAUUGAUCGGUCCAGCUGCGCGGAGGAGCGUUAUAGUACGUUCGCGCUAACGCUGCCGCCCUCGCGGGCAGAGAGAAACGAUAUCCCAGAUACUCUUUCCGUGCCUCUCUCCGACCCUCACGCGGCGCCAAAAGGGUGGUUGGUGGGAAGGGUGGUAUGUCUCGUCUACGCGAGAACCGGAGUGCAGUCUCGACGGUUGAUCGCGCAGGAUCGUACACGAGAUCCUGAUUUUUCCCCCCCCGAGGAAACACACACCGUCGUGUCCCGCGUCGUUUGUGUUUUUAAGAAGAGAUCAGGACGUAAUAUUUUUAGGAUUCUAUAGGCGAGAUUUGUGUCGUGAGAGUACAUUGUACUCUCUUCACGGAGAAUUGAUCUCCGUUUUUCGAGACUUUUGUUGUUUUUGAGGGCCCGAACGAUAUCGCGGCGCUUUGCAGUGCCCGAGGAUUUAGUGACGUUCGUGCGUACGGAUCACGUGUUUUCGCCUCGUGAUUGCUGCCGAAUUGCUACGCAAUGCUUCUCGGUGGCUGCAGAUAUUCCAUCCAGAGUCAGAAUGUGCCGUCCACGAGGACCGGCGCCUGGGGCCCUUAUAAUUCCUUCCGAAACACCAACAUGCCGUUGCAGGAGAUCACAAUGAGUCAAACCCUGCCAUUGACGAACGGUGAAAACACAAGACCAUAUGGUGAAAAUUCUUCCGGAGACAAAGACGGAACGACGAUGGCGCGAUCAGGGGAUGGUGGAGGAGGUGGAGGAGGUGGCGGUGGUGGAGUGGGUUACGGUAGAACAAUGAAAGAGUACGAGGAUGAGUUGAGCAGUUUGAAGAAGGAGAAUUUCCAGCUUAAGUUACGAAUUUAUCUCCUGGAAGAAGGGAACCCUACAAGAAACGGCAUCAGUUUUUCCGACGAGGAUGUAAUCAAGACGAACGUAGAAUUAAAGGAAGAGUUGGAGAAAUUGAGGAAGGAAUUGAUGGAGAAGCAGGUCCUUCUUAAUCAGGCGGCCAGAGCUUUUAAGUUAUAUGAGGAACAGAAAGCAGCGACUUCCCGUACUCAAGAUCAAUAUCAGCAGUCGCUUGAAAAAGAACGAGAAAAAGUGAUCAAACUCGAGAGAGAGUUAGCGGAGUAUCGAGAAAGGGAACUAGAUACGUCCACGUAUUACAAGGAAACAUUCGGUAUCACUCCGGAACAAGCGUUAAAAAAUGCGGAAAAGUUGCGGCAAAUGGAAGAAUUAGUGGCUUCUCUCGAAGCAGAGGUGAAACAGAUAACCGGCAGUCUGGAAGAGGAGCGCAGCUGGGCGCAGGAACUUGAGAACGAGAGGGACCAGUUCAGAGAGCGAUUGGACGUGGAAAUACGGCUGCGGGAGAAUCAAGACAAUGAUCAAGUGCGAAAUGUCGAGGCGCUGCGCGACGAGGUGAAGAAGCUGAAGGAUCAACUGUUCAAGAGGGACGCUAUUGUGCAGCAAUGCAAAAACGAUCUCGCCGAGCAGGACAGGCUGAUCAAGCAGAAGAGCGCCUUGUUGGAAGAAAAGUGUCAGGCGUACGAGGAGGUCAGUCAGGUGUCCGAGAAAAGGAAGAAGCAGAUAAUUCAAUUGAGGGCAUCCGUAAAAACGCGCGACGACGCCCUCACAGAGAUCAACAAUAAGCAUCGUGCAUUGUUGUCACAGUGUGAAAAUAAUUACGGCAAGCGUACGCCGCCCAACAGUCCCUCGGCUUUAAUAUCGUGGACGAGCGAUUACCUGUCACUGUCUACGGGGCAGAAGGUGUCUGGUAUUCAAAAUACAACGAAGAACGACGGUGCCUAUGAUUGUGAAUUGAGUAAAGAAAGAACGGCGAGUUUGAGCUCGCUGUUAGGUGGAGACGCCAGGGAGAUCAGGCAUCUUAUAAAGGAACUGGAGGAAAGGGACAGCAAAUUGAAGCAGCACGAGGAUAUGAGGAAGCAGUUGAUAUUGAAACUGUGCAACGCGCAGAAGCAAGCGGAAGUCGCGGAGCAUAAAUUGAAGAAGCUGGAAGGUGAGCACCAGAAGGCCAUUAGGGCGAUACAAGGCUUCAUGGAGCGCGAGUAUCAGAUGGAUUCCCACAAGGAACGGCAGAUCGUGGAGCUGGAGACGGAGUUACGCAAGAGGAAGAACAGCAACGGUCCCGUCUCGUUGAAGGAUCUCGGCGUUAAGAACGCGGACGAUUUCGAAAACGAUUCCUGCAAACAGCAACGUUUCGAAGAAAUGGAAAGCAAGAUUAGCGACCUGCGAGACCAAAUCGAGACAAUAAAGGCUGAGAAGAAUCUCUUGGAAAAACGGACGCAAGUUGAAUUUAAGGAACUUCAAGUUCGUCUUCUUGAUAAGGAGCAAAAGAUCGAGAUUCUGGAGAUGGAGAAACAGAUCAUUACAGAAGACUUGAAGAGCAAAGUCGCCGAACUCGAGAAGCUCAGGCACGUCGAGGUGAACAGUAUGGAUGAAGUUAGCACUACCGACUACCGCGACGAUACUCCGCGAAGGGAAGAUCUGCUCGAGCAACUGAGUGAACGAAACGACGAGGUCGAGGAGAAGAAUCGCAAGAUCGAACAACUGACGAAGGAACUGCACGUGACGACCCAGAACCUGCAGAUGUUGGUCAACACCGAACUCUGGAGCAAGAACAAGGAGAUCGCCAAGCUGCACAAUCACAUGACAGCGUCGUACAGCCACGACAGGAACCGUAACAAGCCCGAGAUUGUCCAAGAGGCCGACAGCAGCCUGCAGCUGACGGAUCUGAUUCGCGAGCUUGGCGAGAUCGGUGUGAAGGUAAAUUUCACGAACGACGCCGUCCGACUCGAUUACGUCAACGGGAGCGAGACGGUGGACGUGAAGACGUUGAGUGAGUGCGUCCAGAAGCUGACGUGUCAGCGGAAUGAUCUCGAGAAGGAAGUGGACUAUCUGAAGUGGCUGAAGCUCGUGUCGAAGCCCGACAUCGCCGCGGAGAUCGACGGUUGCGGCAACGAGACGGAACGGGCGAAGAAGUACUGCGAGCUGCUGCGCACGCAUCUCAAGGACCUCGUGAAGUUUAUGAGGGAGAUGCUCAAGAACACCGAUCGCGCGGACACGAUCGGUAACGAGCACAAGAAGAUCGUGCUGGACGUUCUGCUCAGCUCCAAGAUACUGUCGGACGACUUCGUGCGCGCCCUCGAGGGCAUGAGCGUGCAGGACGGCGCGAUCGUGAACGGCAGGCUCGACGAUUCCGUGAAGAGAAGCCGGUCCGAGAACGUCGCGGAGGUGUCGAAGAAUCAGGCGUCGCAGUCGGACUCGGAGACGUUCUCGGAGCCCGACCGGACCGUCUCCAUGGCUAGGAUCGGUCUGCAGGAGAAGCAGCACAAGAACCUGAGCCGUUCCAGAUUCACCAAGUACACCAAGACCUGCAGCGACUCCGAGGACUCCGUGGAUUACGUGCCUUAUUACAAGACCUACCAGAACGACCUCGGCGAGCUGGAUACGAGCCACCAGAUACAGGAGCUGAAAGAAACGAACAACAUGUUGUAUUCUGAACUUAGCGCCCUAAGGAACGACCUGGUCACAAAAGUUUCUCUCGAUUGUACAACUGAUGAAAAAUUAACGCCGUUCAUCACGAAGCUGGAGAGGUCGCAAAGGUUCUGCGAAAAAUUACAAUCUUCUUUAGAGAAGAGAAUACACGAGUUCCAUGUGUUGAGGAAGGAGAACAAGCAGAAUAGCGUUCGCAAGACGCAAUUGGAAAAAAAGAUCAACGACGUCGAGCAGAUGGCGAGUGAAAUUACGAAACAGAAAACUGAAUUUUUGCAGUACAAGGAAAAUACCGAGAGAAAGACUACAGAAACGCUUUUAAUACUCAACAAAGAGAACGAAUUGUUGCGAGCGAGAAUCAAACAGCUGGAGGAAGAAACAGAGACUGCGAAGACGACCAUAUCCACGCUUAGAAAUGAACUCGAUCAUCUCACUCUUUCGCACAGUCAGAUAUUCGUGGAGAACACCAAGUUGACGAACGACAAGCUGAGACUCGAGCAAGACAUAAGGAAGAUGGAGAACCGAUACGACGUGGCUGUCCGUUCGCUGCACGAUAAAUUCGGCAAAGAGAUACGCGAUCUCGAUCAGAUCAACGAUUCGCAUAGAGCAAGGGUGCAAGAGCUCGAAACGGCGAAUAAAGAGUUCAGGAGACACAUGGCGGUGUGCGAGGCUAGCGAUUCGACGGCGAGCUCGAGUGGCGUAUCGUCGAUACCCACGGACGCCACGCUCAAGCAAACCUGCGAUAUUCUGCAGGAAUAUCAACCUUAUAACGGCUCGCAGUUUUGGCAACCGACGAAUUACUCUGGACUGGGAGGACGCAGUAAAUCCAGUUGCUCGCCAGACUUGGGAAUUGAAAGCGACGGCGCCGUUACUACGAUGAGACCUUUGAAAGACACAUUAAAAAUUACAGAAUCUAUGACUAACUUACUGAGCGACGAGGACAAUGGUAACCACAGAGCGCAAGAUUCAAACAGUGAAAGUCCAUUACCAAUUGAAGGUCUUGAAGAGGUGGAAGCUUUGAAACAGGAGAAUGAAGCGUUAAAACGAAGACUGAUGAAAACCAGGAAAGCGUUGGAAGACACAUUCGAGCACUUAUCGGCUUCAAACAAGAACAAGAAGAACGUUGAAAAGGCGAUAAUAAAGCAGCUCUUGGCCACAAGAACUAUCCUGAAGAAGACGAGGACGUUCGAUGAACCUUUGGACAAUUAAACGCUAAGAGAUUACAGAGACUGACUGACCGAUGAAAAAAUAUUAUGCACAAAGAGUGAAAGAGAAAGUAGAACGUAGGGAAGUUGUUACUCGUUAAAUUGUGUUUUUCAUAGAUUAACUGUUCAUUCAAUGUAUCGUGUUUUAUCUGCGUUUCUCAGUUAUCUCCUCUCACAUUAUUUUUUUCCGAGACGAGAGAGAACAUUUUUUUCUAACGGUACAUAUCGGUACAAAAAAAGAAUUGUAAUACUCAUAGGCUUACGUGUUACAAAAUUUUUAAAACGAGAAAGAUUUCUAAGCGACAAGGAUAUUUUCAUACGAACACAGAAAUAAUCUAUUUUCUAUUCAAAAAAAGAAUACAAAACGAAACGAACGAGAGCUUAAGAUGGAUUUGUACAUUGAGAUUUGUAUAUAUUUAUAUGGAACUCGCGCGAUGAUAUUUUUGACAUUUUUGUAAAUUUUUUUCUGUCAUUGUGAAAAAGUUCUUCCAAAUGCUGAAUACGGCGCGAACGCCGAUGUCAAAGCCUGUCUUCGUUUGCUGACGUAUUUUGCUUGAUGAAUAACAGAAAUUCGCAUGUGUGUACAUAAUUAUCUCGUAUAUCGUUAUGUAGCAUCUGUACAUAAUCACCACGAAUAAAGUGCCAUUGAUAUGCAGGA